AUGAUCAAAUACAUCGAGCAGGGCAUCUCGGAAUCAUUGAUUGUGCCUGUUGAUAUAGAGGUGUUCCUGAUAGGGUUCGACGGCGAUGGCGGAUAUGCGUACAAGCAGGACGCCUCCCAGCUGCUGAGCCUGCUCAACGCGGGCGCUUCGCGCGCGUGCCCCCACUCCCUCGAGAGCGGGGAGGAGCUGGGUGUCUGCUUCCAGAUGAACUUCCAGGUCCUCGGGGCCGACGCACUGGGGCCAGAGGCUGGGGCACUCUUGGGGCGCAUUGAGGAGCACCUGAGACACAACAUGAAGGACAUCGCACAGCCGUGGAUGCUGCAGGGAGAUGCAUUUGGUGGUCAGGGCCAGGGUGGCGACCGCACAGUGGAGUACUCAGUGGAUGCGGCAGGGCUGGAGCCCCUGUUUGACGCUUUCAUGGAGUAUGCCUACGGCCGCGGGGAGAAGAACGAGAAGGGCCACAGUUGGCACAAUCAGAACCCGAUUUUCAUCAUCAAUCCGAGCAAGGUGCGUGCCAACCCAGUGGGCGCCCCUGAAGCCGCAAGCCACCACGUGCCGGACUUCCUGGCACAGUGGCGCAGUCACACCUUCAGCCCCGCUGAUCUGGACAAGGAGGAGGCGGGCCUGGUGUACCGCUACAGUUACAACGGCCUGGGGGAGGCCACCACAUGGCUGUCGUCCCGUAACUACGUGGUGGUUGACGUGGCGGCCGGCCCCACCAGCUACGGCCCCGCCGCCAGCAGCGAGGGCGCCGUCGGGGCCGGGGCGCUGCCGGCGCUCAGGGACGUCUACCGCGCCAUCAUGAGGGACCUCAACGCCUCCGGGCCAUCCAUCAGCGCCCAGGACCACGCACAGGCACGCCACACCCCCCUUUGCCCCUUGUUCCUGCCUUGCCCCACCUUUCAGUGUGCCCCCUGUGCUGUUGUUGCGCGCCAUGCACAGAAGGCGCUAUUCGAGGGGGCCCUGGCGUCCGCGGUGGCCGCGGGGGCGCGGUCGCUGUUUGUGCCCGACAUGGCGACAGAGCACAUCGAGUAUGCAAAGAACAUCCUGAUCCCUGUCGUCCUGCUGACUGAUUACGAACUGACUGAUGAUGACUACGAAAAGCACAUGACACAGGAGGACUUCAUGCACAUCAACCUGACACACAUCGAGGCUGCCGUGGCGCGCCUGAUCGACCAGCAGCAGGAGGCGGUGGUGGUGAGCGCCCACCACCCCCUCAGCCGCCACAAGGCCAUUGCAGCCGCGCUCUGGAAGGCGCGGCGCCUGAGGGCGGAGCCGGCGCUGGAGCAUGAGGCGGGCAAAGCCUCGCGUGUGGGCCACCACACCGUGUCCCACACUGCGGUGGACCCAGAGUCCCUGCUGGAGGAGAUUGCGCUCGCCGCCGACACCCUGACUCACGGCCUCGUGGGCGCCGCCCAUGCCAUGUCAAAGGAGGGGGCCCACCCGCUGGAGCAGCUGCGCCACGACGGGACCAGGGUGGUGCCGGUGUUUGUCAUAUCGCUUAUGAAGGCGCCGGAGGACGUCAUGUUCAGUAACAAGGAGAUGGUGGCGGCCAGCCAUGACGCCGUUCUGGUGCUGCAGCCGAGGAACAGCGCCCAAUGGGGUGGCGAGAGGGACGACGUCUCCACUGGGCAUGUGGCCAACGGCAGGAGGAUCACGGCUGACGGCCACGACGUGACGCACCACGUGGUGGCCGGCCUCGCGCAGGCGCUGGCCGGCGUCCUCCCGCCCUACUCGCGCCCGCGCGCCCACGCCGGCCCCGCCCUCCAAGACUGGCGCUGGGCCGUCGGCGCCACGCCCUUUGGCCCCUACUCGAACUACUCGGACGUGUCGGAGCUCAUGCAGAACGCGGCGCGCCGCAACCUCCUGCUGUCCCACGUGUCUGCGGCUCUGAGGGCGACGCAGCACCGCCUGGACGCCCUGGACGACUUUGUGGCGGACAACUUUGAGUCGCCGUGGGCGGCGGCGGGGGUGGGGCCGGGCGCGCUAGAGGGGCGCAAGCACUUUCUGGACACGGUGGCCAGCACGCGCCACGGCUUCCAGACCGCCAUCACCCCUGAUUCUGUUGCUGACCUGGAGGGCCGCAUGGGGGUGCUGACUCAGCACCUGGAGGCUUUGGCCAGUGACCUGUAUUCGCACGACUUUGCAUCCGCGGAUGAGACCAUACGGACCGCCAUGCUGCCAGCCGCGGCGCGGCUCUGUGAGGGUCUAGACGCGACCCUGGAGGAGGCCCGCACAGUCAUGGCCUGCUGCACCGCCCGCCACGGCAGCACGCUCGGGCGCGCGGCCGCGCUGCUCGCGGCCGCGGCGGUCGCAUUUGCCGUGGUGCUGGCGGCGGCGGUCUUGGCGGAGGUGGUGGUGCUGCGGCGGCGGCGGCUGAGCCACGCCCUGAUGCUGCCCACGUACGGCAUGUCGCAGUACAGCCGCCCCGCUAGCCGCCAGCACAGCUGGCAGGCGUGA